AUGAUUACAUUUGGAAAGGGCAUUUAUGUCUUUUCCUCCAUAGUCAAAGUUUUAAUUAUAAUUUUUAACUACAGUGCAAGGCUAGGGUUACGAGCACCAGAGGGGAGUGUAGCAAGUAUAACAGAAAACAAAACUGGUCAAAAACUAAUUGGAAUGUCAGAUCAACCUAAUGAACAACUACAAAAACUAUCUGAAGUCCAAAACUGCAACCCAGAUAUUAAUCAAUCUAAUGAAAUACUACAAAAGCUAUCUGAAGUCCAAAAUUGUAACCCUGUUGUUGAAGAAUCAUCAACACCAGGGACAAUAAUUGAAGUAGCAUCAACAUCAGGGCCAAUAGUGGAGGUGUCAUUAUCACCAGAGCCUAUAAUUGAGGUUCCCACAACACUAGAGCCAGAACAGAUACAACAAGAGCUUGAUAUGGAGGAUUUUUGUGAAGAAGAUGGUGAAGAAAUUCCUAUGAUUAAACUAAACAUGGAAGAGUUUACUCAGAAUUUGCAGACUUACAUGGAAAGACACAUGGAACUUGGAGAAGGUGACCUGUCAAAAGUACUAGUUGCCUUAACAUCAGAAGCUGUGCAAUCCCUAUAUGAGCUCCCGGAUUCACAUCCUCUUUUGGAAGGGAUGGAACAGGAGAGCCUGAUGAUCCUUGCUCAUACCUUCUUGCAAUUUGGACACCUGGUGAAACUGCAAAUUCGAUUCAACCGCCAGCUGGACAAUGUUCUUCCCAAGAAUCUGGCACGUUAUUUAAUGAAGAAACAUGUUUUUUUGCAACAGCACACGAGAAGCAAAUAACCAAACUGUUAGAGGGAUACUCUUGAUACCAUGUAGAGCUGCAAUGAG